AUGGUAAAAUAAUAAAAAAAAUCCAGUUUCACUGUUAUUCCACCUCAACCAGAUUUCCAAGAAUAGGAAAUUGAACUUUUAUAAGAGGAUCUCAAUGAUGAUUUAAUUAAAACAUUAUCCAAAGCAAAUACAAAUUCAAUUGCCACAAUUAGAGAAAAAGAGAAAAAGGUCGUGGAAUUCAAAUCCAGAGUUCUCGAAUUAGUUGAGAUUUUUGUUUCAAACACAAAGAACCCUACAAUAUUCAUUGAGAGAAUUUACCCAUUCAUCAAAAUGAUUAGCGAUUUUAAGAACCCUUAAAAAGUAUAGUAUAUCAAUAGAGUUUGCAAAUUAAUACACUAAAUCAUACAAAAGGGAGAUUUGGGAGAGCACAUUGAUAAUAUGAAAUAGUGUUGUGAAACAUUAAUUACUUAUUUGCAUAAAUGCUAAGACAAAUCAAUUAAUAAGAGAUUCUUUGAAUUACUUGAUCUCAUUCUCAAAUAGAUAAGUUAACAUGAUAAGAAGGCUGUUGUGGAUAUAAUUGUCAAAGGUCUAGUGUUAAUGAGGAAGAACAGCAACAUUUAAAUGCAAAACAUCAGAAAACUCAUAUUCAAUUAUUAAUUUGCACUAGUUCCAGUCUUACUUAAGUUAUGCCAACUGAGUGAAAUUAAUGAAAACUAUGAAAGAAGCAAAUAUAAUUUUAGUCAUCUAUUAUUCACACUUAUUCAGAAUGAGCAAAUAAAGAAGAAGAUAGUUUCCAAGGAAAAAGUCAAACAAGCAAUUGCCAAAUUAGCAUAACACACUCUAGAGAACUAUGCUUCAUAGAACUAUAAAAGAGUAGCAAUUUUUAGAUAAAUUCUAUUGUCGUACAAAGCAUUAGAAUUGAAUGAACUCUAAGAACAGAUUUAGACAUUCUAAUCAGAAGAUUAAAAUGUCUAACACAUCAUUAAUAAAUUAUAAUGA